AUUUUUCCAUAAUAAUAAUCAGAAAACACACCGCUCCCGAAUGAAGCAUCCGCUUCGCGUAUUACCAUGCAAAAUCAUUCUAACGUGCUGAGUGUUCUUCUUUUCACAUAAGCCUGAGUAAAAAAUUCUGAUCAAGAAUAAUUUUUAAUCAGGAGGGAGUUUGAGGUAGUCAAGGUCAUUUUCUGAUUUUGUUAAUACUCGUUUUGCUUCACUCUCGGUGAAAUACGUAUACUGAUCAAAGCUAUUUGUGACUGAAUCCUUACCGAACAUCUUACUAGCCCAAUUGUUCCAAAAUACGUAUGGUACUACUUGGUGUGCAAAUUAGUUGUGAACUUACGAAUGUCACUAAUCUAAGUCCUUCAUGUGAUGAUUUUCGUUGGUAUUUAAAGGUAAAGUGCGGGAACUGCGGCGAAAAUACUCAUGAUUACGUAUACAUUAACAGUGUAGAAAAGACACCAAUUCAAGACAGUCGCGGGGAUGCGAAUUUAGUAAUCCGGUGUAAAUUUUGUAAACGAGUUUCAAAUGCUGAUAUUAUUCCUGGUAGCAUACUUCCAUACUCACUUGACGAUUCUGGUCAUUUCAAAACCAUUGCAAAAUUUGACUGUCGUGGUUUAGAAUUUACUGAGUUUUCUCCUCGUUGUGGUUGGUCUGCUUCAAGUGUCAACUCCGAUGCGGUUUUUGAUGACAUCUCAUUAACAGAUGAGUUCCAAUACCAUUGAAAAUGAUCCUAAUUAUUUAUUAUAAAGUUUAUUAGCAUGUUACUAGGUCCACCAUACCCACUAUAACUGUCUGUAAACAUCAAAUGUUUUUGUAUGUACUACUGUUUCCAUGUUGAUUGCCUACUCGCCUCAAAGAGAAGCAACAACUUUAGUCUCGCUGGUAGCUACGAUUUGGUGUGAUUAUGAUGAGAAAGGUAAAUGUGAAGUCAGCAUACAAAAUUUUCAAAGUCAAAUAAUUAAAUUGAAAUGUUAAUAACUGAAUAUUUAUGAUCUGUUCACCUUCCUGUUUGUAUUAUGUAUAUUAUUAUUGAAAAAUAAAAUACUCGUUUUGUUCUUGCCUAAAUUAUUGAUAUAAAUUUAUUCAUUUUAAACUUAUGGUAUCAAUGGAGUUCCAAAGAAUUUCAAUAUCUUUUUAUGACAGGAAUAAAAUUAAUUCGACUUGUUAUAAGAAAGAAAAUAAAGAUGAUCGCUGUAAAAUAUUUAUUAGAUAUCAAAACUAAAUUUAAUAAUUAUAACCCAGAACUACCACAUAAAAUGUAACACAUAUACAUCGAUUCAAGUUGAUAUACUACUUUAGUAUAGUGAGAUGAAAUUAUUUCAAGAUAAAUCCCAGAGUAGUAGAAGUAGUAAUAAUAUUGGUAGUAGCAGUAGGGAAGAUGAAGUAUAAAAUACAAAAUGUAUGAAGGGAUUUUUUAAUUUGGUUUCAAAAGGAAGACAAGGAGUGAAUGCACCAAUGUCAUUGAACACAAUUCUAAGGCUUUUCCCAAAGUAUGACCUUUGGUUACUGUAUUUAUGCGGACUUGAAAUAGUCUCCACGUAUUAAUGUUUCUGGGCCCGAUUGUCAGUGACAAUGGACUGCUGACAUGUUUUGGUUUGGCCACCCCUAGCUUUCUUCCAGUGUACAUCAGAAAACGCCCGUUGAGGUAGACAGUGAUUUGGAAUAUGUGGUACAUAAUCCAGCCACUCCAGUUGGUGCAGUUUUACUAGCUCUUCGACUUAUUUAUCAUCUUUAUUUAGUACCCUAACCUCAGCGUUGCUCACUCAGUGGUUUCUAUCUUAGAAGAAUGUCACCCCAAAUUAAUCCAUAACCAAGUGUUAUUUUAUCCUAACAACUAUGAAUAAGUUUAUUGAUAGGGGUUUGAAUUAUCCCAUUGCUGGUAUUUAGGACUGAAUGUUGGGUCUGUUGACAUUGUGCAUCCUGUGCUGAUUGGCUUGGUGUGAUUCAUCUUGUCCUGAAUGUCGACAAUUGGAUAAUUCAAACACUAAUAAUGAUACAAACAUCAUUCACCUUGAACGGUUUAGUGGUUAUAUGGAUUUGGUAUCUCAUCGGAAAACACAUCUUUUAAGUCGAAAUGUGCUGGGUUCAAGAGCCGAUGCGGACAUCAAGACUAAGGUGCAUGGACUCGCGGGGUGCGGGACCGUGGAUGCGCACUGCUGAGGAGUCCCAUACUAGAACGAAACGGCCGUC